AUGGCGGUGCCAAAGCUUUGUGCCAUCGCUGUGCUUCUCGCCAGCGCCGUGGCCAUGCGGCAAAUUGCCAAGACGGAAGCCCAGGGCACGCACCAGGCUCUCGUCCGCGAGCACGAGCACGUGGCGAACAACGCGACCACGGCGAAGCAAGCGUGCUGCAUGUGCGAGACGAACUGGAUCGGCAUUUGCAAGGGCGGCACCGGAACACAGACCAGAAACUGUGGCUUCGGCUGCGAUAUGGACUGGGACGGCUACAAGUGCUGGCAUGUGUACCACGACGAGUCUGGGAACGACAACUGCCACGUGUGA